AUGAAGAAAACGCCCAACGGUACUCCCAACAAGUGGGAUCCCCUCCCCGCCAUUGACCCGUCUACUCCCAGAGACCUUUGUCUGGACUCGGAAGACACUCAUGAGGACGGCUCCCAUGAUCUCCCUUCUAACGAUGAUAUGUCUCUCAGCGAGCGUCAGCCGGACGCCAAUGACACGGUCGAGCCCGUCGCUACUCGGAGGCGCGCCGGCGUCCGCUUCACCCUUCCGCAUGAGAAAAGCAGCACUCGUGUCCGCUUCAUCCUCCCAAGCGGGGCCGAGUCGUUCUCCAGCCCCUUCUCCAGCCCCUUCUCAUCAAAACCUAUGGUCGUUCACCGUCGUUAUCCGGUUACAUACAAAUAUCCGGACGUGGACACGCACGACCCGUCUGCCCAAACGCCGCCCGAUGGCUCCAGCUAUGGUCCCCUCUACGAGCCGCCUACCCCAGCUGCCGCGGAGCACUACCAGAACGCCGUCACGUCCCCCUCCAAGUUUCUGGACCUCCUCCUCUACGGCCGCAGCGCGACCGAGGAAUCUCCCGCCCUCCCAGGCCCCUCGCCCACUGUGCCCGUGGACAACUCUCACCCCCACGCCAAGGGGGACCACAUGGUGAACCCCUUCAUCGCCUCUGACGCGGCUGGCUCGGCGCUUGUGGGCAUCAGUUCCCACCCGAUGUCGGCUAAUGCGAGCCAGACGCGCACGUCGGCCCCUAGCCCAACGGGUGUCGGCAAGUCCAGGUUCGGUUCGAGGUUCUCGCCCACAUCACCGUCCCCGUCCUCGUCGGACAAAGAAUGCGAUGUGCUGGCUUCCCCCCGCUUUGUUCCAAACAACUGGCGCAUUUCGCCCAGGUCCACGCGCGCUUCGGACGACAGUGACGAGGCGGACGAGGAGGGAAAGACGGACAUACCCCAGUCCCUCUAUGAGCGCUCGCGCUCCACGGCGGCAAUCGCACGCUCGCACUGUAGUACCGAGAGGACCGAGCUCAGCAUGUCGGACGGUGACAAGGAGACCGGCCACGUCGCCACCGACCUCACCAAAUUCGGCUACCAGUCUGACUAUGACUCGCAGGACGAUGCGAUGGACGUGGACAGCGAUGAUGAGACUGCCUCCGUACAGGCGCAGAUGGUCUCCGACUGCUCGUGCACCGGCAUGACGCACACCGAGUCCUGCCCGAUCUACAAGGGCCCGGAGGACUGCCGUUGCCUCACCCCUACCACGCGCACGCACACCCUAGUGUGCCGUCUUGCCACUGAGGACGCCAACCUCCGGGAGGACUGGAGUGCAGAACCCACCGACGGCAACUACUACGAGGGCAGGGACGACUUCGCCUUCGAUUACGAAGAUGAGUCCGACCACUUUGAGUCUGACGACGCGGAGAUGAGGACCGUCAGGACCCCACCUCCGCGCAAGACGAAUAAUCGCCGCGGGAACUAGAGUACGCACGGCAAAACGCCCUCGCUUACAGCGAGCAGAGAGGCAAGGCGACGACUCGACUCCCCAAUCGCCGUCAUGCCACUACAACUACCCCUGUUCACAACGCCGCCCACACGCCCAUCACCACCAUCCUCCUACUCCCAAACCAAGCCCACCCCCUCAUUGUCGACAUAAGCAUCAUCAUCAUCGAUAAAAACACGGCUCGAACUAUCAGCACUCCGUCACCCCCGCCUGUACCGAAGUUAUCAGCACUGCAUCAUAUCACCUAUACUACCGCCUGUGCCAAGCUUAUCAACCAUACAGCAUACCCCGUAUACUACCGCCUCUGCCACUUUUUCAUCGAUGGUACGUGGCGCAGACCAGAGUCCAGCAGAGCCGGUCUCUGUGCAAUAUCCACACGGUCGUUAC